AUGGCUCCAAAGAAGGAAGUGAAAGAGAAACAAGUAAAAGGGGACGAAGCGGAAGAGAUGGUACUCGAAUAUAUGAGGGAGCAAAAUCGGCCUUAUGCGAAUGCUGACGUAUCGGCAAAUCUAAAAAAUCGAGUUCCAAAAGCUGCUGCUGUCAAAGUACUUGCCACUCUUGCUGAAAGAGGUCAACUUACCGUCAAGCCGUACGGUAAACAGCUCAUCUAUUUGUAUAAUCAGUCGCUUCUCGAGGUACUGGCCCCAAAAGAUCUCUCGGCUCUCGAUAGCGAAAUCAAAGAAACCAAGAAUGAUCUGGAGGAGAAGAGGAAAAAGCUCAAAACUCUUCAAACAGAACUCGCGAAUAAAGAAGCAUUGCCCAAGACAAAAGACUUGACUGCAGAGAUCGAACGUGUCAAAGCUGACAAUGAGAUCACCCUUAAAGCCCUUGCGCCGUUUCGUGCUUCUACCAAUGGUGAAGCUGCUGUCAAUCCAAUGUCAACGGAGGAUAUCAAGAAAAUCGAUGUCGACUUUACUAGAUGGAGAAAAGAAUGGGCUGAGCGAAGGAAAGUGUACAAAGAGCUUCUUGGUAUGCUCAUCGAUGCCGGCCAAGUCGAUAAUGUAGCUGCCUUUGAAGAAGACCAGGGCAUAGUCGGAGAUGAUGACGAUGCUCAAGCUGUCGAACAAGGAGAAUUCGUGAAGAUUCCUGCUAAAUCAGUCGUGAAGAGAACAGUAGGAAGUAGUCAGAAAGGAACGAGUGGUGGAGUGAAAAGGGAUGGAUCGAAUGGUCAUGCUGACAGUCAGGACGAUGGAGGUGGAAAGAGGAAGAAAGCCAAGAAAGCGUAG